AUGCUGCGUCGAAAUGCACGGCUUCGGAAGGAGUAUCUUUACAAGAAGGCACCCGCCUUGGAAGACAAGGAAGCCACCACCUUCGACAAGAAGCGGAAGCUCCAGGAGGCCCUGGAGAGUCAGAAGCCCAUCCCCACAGAGCUGCGGGGCGAGGACAGGAAGCUUCGCAAGGUGCUGGACCUUGCGGACGAAAGGACGAAGGAGCAGCGGAAAGCCAUGGACGACGAGUAUGCCUACCUGGGCGUCAAGGACCCGAAGGUGUUGGUCACCACGUCUCGCGAUCCGUCCUCCCGCCUGAGUCAGUUUCUGAAGGAGCUCCGGAUGCUGUUCCCAGGAGCCCAACGGAUGAACCGCGGAAGUUAUGUCGUGAAGGACCUGAUGCAGUUGGCCCGGUCGCACGAGAUGACAGACGUGAUCCUGGUACACGAGCACCGGGGCGAACCCGACGGCAUGGUCGUUUGCCAUCUGCCCUUCGGGCCCACCGCCUACUUCGGCCUCUCCAACGUGGUGCUGCGCCACGACCUGGCGGAAAAGCCCCCGGCCAUGUCCGAGGCCAGUCCCCACCUGCUCUUCCACGGCUUCACGGCCAAGACGGGACUGCGGGUGAAGACGAUCCUCCAGGCGCUGUUCCCACCGGCCAAGCAAGCAGGCGACCGGGUCAUGACCUUCGCGAACCACCACGACGUGAUUCACUUCCGGCACCACAGCUUCGCAAGGCCGAAGGGCCCAGCUGGCGACGGACACCGCUCCCGCGCGAAGGACGUAGCUCUCACCGAGAACGGUCCCAGAUUCCAGAUGAGGCUUUUUCGCGUGGAGCUGGGGACGGUCGACAUGAAGGAUGUGGAGGUGGAGUGGGUCCUCAGACCGUACUUCAACCGGCAGAAGGAGGCCUUGGCCUUGCCGGAGGAAGACGACGAGCAGAAAGCCACCUGA